AUAGCCGUUUGGGACACAGCCGCUGCUUUUUCCUCACCUCAACCUCGCCUUUUGGCUGGAUUUUAAUCAUUUACUGUUGUUAUUUAUGUCUUUUUAACCGUUCAUGUCGUCAAUUAAGGCUGUAUGACAAUUUGGGUUAAAAAUACUAUUUUGACCCGAAUUAAAUUCAGUAUCGACGAUCUAACGUUAGAGUUUCUUUCAGAGUCAGAAGAUCCCUCGUUAUUUUUUUGCUAGCUAGUAAAAAUAGCAUUGCGCGAGACCGCUGGCGCGAGACGUAUCAAUAUAAAAUAAAACUCUGUAGAUUAGCUCAUUAGCUAUAUCUUCUCCACACAAUAGUAAGGAGCUGUAAACAUACAGUUGUUCCCUCAGCUGUUGAUUGUUGAUGACAACUAGAGAGAUUUCUUAGCUAGAUAUUAUAAAAUUAUUACUAAGCGGUUGAUCUGAACCCGGAGGAUGAUGGCGUCGCCGUCAGAAUUCACGUUCUCCCUCAAUAACCUGUUCUUUGACAGACCUGUGCUUCAUAAAGUGAAUCCAUUAUGUCAGGAUCAGAGUGUGUGGAAACUGGAUGCCGCACCAGACAUUUCCACAAUCCCAGCGACUCAGGAGCUCCAGAAAGAGACAGAAAGCCUGAAGUCUCAUGCUUACUCUCAGAAACCAAAGAAGUUUUUGCCCCCUUUUCGAGGACCCGGUGUCUGUGAAGGACGGUGUGUCCAAAGUCAGACAGGUGAAGCAGAAGAGCAGCAGGUGCGUGAAGUUUGGAGGCCUGAAUUAUGUGGAUCUGGACUCCAUCAGGACGGUCCUGCUGUAUCGCAGAAUUCAGGAGAAACUAGACUUUAUCCUCCCACUGGUUCUCAACUCAAAUCCCGGUUAUUUAAACCUCCCAUGAGCAAGCACAAGAAUGUUUCCAUUCCAGCAGUGAACCAGCAAAGCAUCAGUUCGGUCACUAUGGCAACAGAUUAUCCACUGACCGCUUCCUGUAGUUCUUUCGGGAAGCGUGGAGGCAACGAUCCACAACGCAACUGCUCUGUAGUUCGUCCUCUCUCUCCUCAGCCUCUUCAGAUACAAGGAACAUCAUCUGGACCAGGGAUCCUGCGUCCCGUGUCUGAAAUCCCUGUUAAAUUCAGGAUCGUCUUCAACGACUUCCCGUACUUUAACUACGUGCAGUCUAAAGCACUGGAUGAUGUUCUUUAUAGCAGUAGGAACUUUGUAGCCUGUGCUCCCACUGGCUCGGGGAAAACGGUGCUGUUUGAGUUGGCUAUCGUUCGACUGUUAACGGAGACGACGGAGCCUUGGCACGAUGUCAAAGCCGUAUACAUGGCUCCCAUUAAAGCUCUUUGCAGUCAGCGAUAUGAAGACUGGAAGCAGAAAUUCGGCCCACUGGGACUGAAUUGCAAAGAGCUCACCGGAGACACGGAGAUCGACGACUAUUUUGAAAUCCAGGACGCUCAUCUGAUCAUGACGACACCCGAAAAGUGGGACAGUAUGACAAGGAAGUGGAGAGAUAACGUUUUACUGCACGCCGUCCGCCUCUUCCUGAUAGACGAGAUACACGUGGUGAAAGACGUGACCCGAGGAGCGACGCUGGAGGUGGUGGUCAGCAGAAUGAAGACCAUGCAGUCGUACCGAACGGCUGAAGCACCACACUCAAAAACCUACAUGAGAUUUGUAGCAGUCUCAGCGACCAUCCCAAACCUGCAGGAUGUGUCCGAGUGGCUGUCAGAUGAUUCGGGUCCAGCGGCGUGUUUGAUGAUGGACGAGAGCCACAGACCGGUGAAACUGAGGAAAGUGGUACUGGGAUUUCCGUGUGGAAACAACCAGAACGAAUUCAAAUUUGACCUCUCUCUCAACUACAAGAUGACCAGCAUCAUUCAGACCUACUCCGACCAGAAACCAACACUGGUGUUUUGUUCCACGAGGAAAGGAGUUCAACAGUCUGCCGCUGUGCUCGCCAAGGAUGCCAGAUUCAUUAUGACUAUUGAUCACAGACAGAGGCUGAUGAAAUACGCCAACUCUGUUCUUGAUAGCAAACUCAGAGAUCUUAUCAUGUGUGGAGUGGGGUAUCACCACGCUGGUGUCAGUGUGUCAGACAGGAAACUGGUUGAAGAUGCGUUUAUACUUGGCGACUUGCCCGUCCUCUUCACUACCAGCACUUUGGCCAUGGGUGUGAACCUGCCAGCCCACCUGGUGGUGAUCAAAUCCACCAUGCACUACGUGGGCGGAGCAUGUGAGGAGUACAGUGAAGCCGACAUACUACAGAUGAUUGGUCGAGCAGGCAGACCACAGUUUGACACUUCAGCCACUGCUGUGAUCAUGACAAGAUCUCAGACUAGAGACAAGUACCUACAGUUAGUGAGCGGCUCAGAGACCAUAGAGAGCAGCCUGCACACAAACCUGGUAGAGCAUCUGAACGCUGAGAUUGUCCUUUACACCAUCUCUGAUGUGAACAUGGCUUUAGACUGGGUUCGUUCCACGUUCCUCUACAUUCGUGCUUUGAAGAAUCCCAAACACUACGGUUUUUCUGCUAAUCUGGAAAAAAGUGGAAUUGAAACCAAACUGCAAGAACUUUGUCUGAGAAACUUGAACUCACUGGCUUCCUUUAAUUUGAUCACAAUGGACGAGGACAUAAACAUCAAACCUACAGAAAGUGGGAAGCUUAUGGCUCGAUAUUGUGUUGCGUUUGACACCAUGAAGCAGUUUCUGAAGGUGACUGGUACCGAAACCUUGUCUGAACUGGUUGAUAUAAUAUCGAAAGUAAAGGAGUUCAGUGAUGUCCAGCUGAGAGUUAGUGAGAAAAGAACCCUGAACAUUCUGAACAAGGAUAAGAACAGGGUCACUAUUCGGUAUCCGAUGGAGGGAAAGAUCAAAACCAAUGACAUGAAAGUUAACUGUUUGAUUCAGGCUCAGUUGGGCUGCAUCCCCAUUCAGGAAUUUGGACUCAUGCAAGACACUGGGAAGAUUUUCAGGAGUGGAAUCAGACUUAGCAAAUGCCUGGUGGAGUUUCUCACUCAGAACCCUAAGAACAAUUUCUCAGCCCAGCUAAAUGCUGUGAUCCUGGCUAAGUGCUUCAGAGCCAAGCUGUGGGAGGAUUCACCCUACAUCUCCAAACAACUGGACAGGAUUGGUUUAUCUCUGGCUAAUGCAAUGGUGAAUGCAGGACUGACUUCGUUCAGCAAGAUUGAAGCCAGCAAUCCUCGAGAACUGGAGCUGAUCGUGAACCGACAUCCUCCAUUUGGAAACCAGAUCAAAGAAGCUGUCAACAGACUCCCUAAAUAUGAAGUUAGUCUGGAACAGCUUCCCCGUUACAGCGUCUCCACAGCUGAGAUCGUUAUCACAGUCAACUUGAAGAAUUUUGAGGAGCUGAUGUUGAAAAGGACGGCACCGGACCAUCAUUAUGUCACACUUCUAAUCGGAGACUGCGACAAUAACGUCGUCUUCCAGCAGAAGAUCUCAGACACCGUACUGCUGAAGUCUGGAAGCUGGUCAAGGAGGAUCGAGGUGACGAGAACCCCUGCUGGAGAUGAGAUCAGCAUCAAUGUAAUCAGCUCUGAAUACGUGGGAUUGGAUAUCCAACAGAAGUUCACUGCCUUCUACUCAGGACCAAAGACAUUUCGAGCUGCUUCACGUGGAGCAGACAGUCCAGCAUUAAAGAGAAACGUGAGCGAAAGCCCACAGAGAAACGUCGGCCCUGGGAAACCCGCCACAGCACGAGCUACGGCACAGAGAGGACGGUUUAAAACAGAUCCCCCUCAGAUGGAUCCCAGCAAAAGGCACUGUAACCAUUUUUGUAAAAACAAGCAGCUCUGUGGUCAUGAAUGCUGCAAAUUUGGUGUGCAAAAAAAGCUCAUGGGUCAAGAGCCCACUUUCUCAUCAUAUCUCCAAGAUCUAAAGAUGAGGAACGAGAAACACUUGGAGACCCCGGUCAAGCGCUUGAAGAUGAAGAUGAAAAGUGAGGAAGAGGCCGUCAACAUGCAGCAUUUCUCCUACACACCCAAACAGCUGAUGCCUGCUGCUACAUGGAUUCAGAAACAUCUUGAAACACCUCAGCAGCAGGUGUAUUUUGAGCCACAUCAUGAUGAGUACAGCGAGAACACUGAAGGGUUUUAUUCUGAUGCGGUAGAGGAGCACAUGUUCCAGGCUGACGCCACAUCUCACCAUGUUUCCAUGAGGAGAGAAGCAACAAAGAAAGCUCUGAGCAGAACCCUUCUCGGCGGAGCCUCGGCUCACGGCUCCGUCUCACACACAGACCUCGGUAUCGACGGCGGCUUUUCGUCUGACGUCCUCAACGUGAACUUUGACUUAGCGCUGGAUGACUGGGACGACUUCAGCGACGAUAACUUCACCACGACUCGUGAGGAGUCGGACCGUCGGGGACUCGGCUCUGCUGCAACGGAUCAUCUGAUGCCAGUUCCUCGUGCUUGUGUGGAAGCGAAAGCAGGAUCUCUGAGACCUCCAACACCAUCAAGGCUUGGAUGUGCAGAUCGAAGGCCACAAAAAAGCCCAGAACUGACUUUCACUACAAAGAGAGCGCGUCUGGACUUUUCCAUCCCCUCAGAGAAACAGCCGAUCACCAAACAGAGCGGGAAAAACAUCUCACCUACGGGACGACCGAAUCGUUUCCCAACGACAGAUUCAGCAGUCGACGCGCAGCAUAAAGUCCCCGGCAGGAGCCAGACAGACGAGGAGCGAGAGGUCGACAUGUUUCUCGGCAUAUUCGAUGGAAUUUUCUAGACUUUCUUGAGGUUGUUGGUAAGGUUUAGUGUCUUAAACAAUACCGAAGUCAUUAAUUUAUUCAUUAGAAAUGUUCUGAUAUAAAAAUAAAGUGUUUAUGUUCUGCAUGAAAAGGAUUUUCCUUAAAUUUAAGUUCUUAGCAAGCGAAAUGUCGUAAAGUUGAAAUGAAUUCAUUUAUUUAUGUUUGAUGUGGUGAAAUUUUUACACACCAUGGAUUAAAAUAAAUAAUAUAUUAUUGUUAUUAUUAAUGAA